AGAUGCGCUGUGAUUGUACUCAUUUUGGUUGACAUGGUCUGGUCGAUUUCUAGAGAGUGUCCAAUUCUAUUUGCUACUGCUAACUAUUUAUCUUCAAUAUUCGAUUCAAGUGAGAAUAUCAUGUCAAGAAACUUAAUGAGAAGGCAAAGGAUCUCUCUUCCUGGUGGAAGGGGAAUUAGAAGAAAAAUGUUCAAAGAACCAAAUUAUUCUGAAGAAUACAAACAGAAAAAUUAUGAAACUAAUUCUGCAUUCUUUAGAAGAGGUUCAAAGUACCGAGGCAUCUCCAACUCAAAUUUGGAACAACAUGCUAAAUGCAGUCAUACUCAGCUUUCUACUAAUGAAGGAAAAGAUUAUGAUUAUCUUCAAGUAAUUCUCAAUCAAAGGAAAAGUUUUGGAAUGACUUCAGCAACUGCCAGAACAAAUAUGAAUGUAUCUGCGUCUGUUGCAUUUCCAGCUGAAACAAAUAUGGAUGUAUCUGCGUCUGUUGCAUUUCCAGCUGAAACAAAUAUGGAUGUAUCUGCGUCUGUUGCAUUUCCAGCUGAAACAAAUAUGGAUGUAUCUCCGUCUGUUGCAGUUCCAGCUGAAACAAAUAUGGAUGUAUCUGCGUCUGCUGCAGUUCCAGCUGAAACAAAUAUGGAUGUAUCUGCGUCUGUUGCAGUUCCAGCUGAAACAAAUAAUAUAGCUGCACACGUACACUGUGUCGAUGAAAUGUCUCCGAAAAGAUUUUUACGUCUAGCAUCUCAGAGAAUGGAUACCUUGGAGGUCACAGAGAAAGAUUUUAAUUUGCUGACAGAUAUUGCUUAUAAGGCUACUGUAUUAUCUAUGCGUAUCAAAGAGAAAAAGGCUGAAGAUUUGAAAAGAGAUGGGAUUGCACCUACAGUCAUCCCUGGUCUUACAUUAAUUGAACAAUCCUAUGGAUCUCCUCCUACAGUUAAAUCAGAGUUCCUAGAAGAAGCUGAAGAUAUGUAUCAAGAUAAAAACAGCGCACCAUCCAUUGAACAAUCAAAUGCAUCUACAGUAAAAAAAGAGUUGGUAGAAGAAGCUGAAGAUAUGUAUCAAGAUAAAAACAGCACACCAUCCAUUGAACAAUUAAAUGCAUCUACAGUAAAAAAAGAGUUGGUAGAAGAAGCUGAAGAUAUGUAUCAAGAUAAAAACAGCACACCAUCCAUUGAACAAUUAAAUGCAUCUACAGUAAAAAAAGAGUUGGUAGAAGAAGCUGAAGAUAUGUAUCAAGAUAAAAACAGCGCACCAUCCAUUGAACAAUUAAAUGCAUCUACAGUAAAAAAAGAGUUGAUAGAAGAAACUGAAGAUAUGUAUCAAGAUAAAAACAGCGCACCAUCCAUUGAACAAUCAAAUGCAUCUACAGUAAAAAAAGAGUUGGUAGAAGAAGCUGAAGAUAUGUAUCAAGAUAAAAACAGCGCACCAUCCAUUGAACAAUCAAAUGCAUCUACAGUAAAAAAAGAGUUGGUAGAAGAAGCUAGAGAUAGACUAUGUAAUAAAAGCCCUUCAACAUCAGUUGCAGCACCAACUGAAGAACCACUUAUUUCUGCAAAGAUAAUUUCAGAUAUAGAAAAAAUAUUGAAAAAACUAAAGAAUAACAACGAUAAUAAAAAAAUUGCACUAUUACAUCUACCUCCAGCGCAAAAUCAAAAAAUAAGCACUGCGGAGCAGAGAAAUUUAAAUGAUGAAGCAAGUAAAUCGAUAAUAGAAUUUAUUGAUUAUUUAGAAGCUUGUAAAAGAUAUGAACUAUCACCAGUACGUAGCGAAUUAUGUAAUGAAAGCCCUUCAACAUCAAUUGCAACACCAGCUAAAGAACCACUUAAUUCUGCAAAGAUAAUUUCAGAAGUGGAAAAGUUAGUGAAAAAACUAAUAGAGAUUAACGAAGCGAAUAAAAAAUUUGCGCAAUUACCUAUACCUCCAACGGAAAUUUGUAAACUCUGCACUGCGAAGCAGACAAGGUUAAAUGAUGAAGCAAGUAAAUCAAUAAGAGAAUUUAUUGAUUAUUUAGAAGCUUGUAAAGGAACAUUCUUAGAAACUACAAAUAAUUCAUGUUAUAAAAGUCCUGCAACAUCAGGUGAACAGUCACAUGCAUCUGUUCCUACAGUAGGCAGAAAGUUUCUACCAGAAAUUAGAAAACAUAUACCGGUGUAUGAAACACCUACACCAACAUGUACAUGUCCCUUCAAGGAUUUUCACUAUGUGGACUGUAGUUUGCGACAUACUACUUUAAAUAAGUUUUAAACUUUUAUAAUCAUCUUUUUGUAUAAAAUUAAUACAAAAAAUAAAUUGGUAGCAAACACCAAUAUUGAAAUUAUUAUUUCAUCUUUUAACUAUUCAUUGCAUUUUGUAAUAAUAAUAAAAUUUUGUAAUUAUUU